AUGGCAAAAACUAUGCCAACUAGAAGUGCAUCCAAGAAGGACAAGCCCGAGUUUGCGGUCGUUCAGCCGAACAAGAACCAUGGCUUCCAAAGGAGCUCAAAAGUUGAGCGGGUAAAGAGCAAGAACCAAAAGGAACGUCAUCUUUGGGCAGAUGAAGCUUUUCUCAUUGGCCGCGAUGUUGGCAGGCCGGGUGACAAAGCUAUGACUCAAGAAAUCAGAGCCUCCAGAGGAGAUAACGCGCCCGCUGAAUCUUUAGGCGAUUUGACCAAGCAAAAGUAA